AGGCUUUAGGGAAUUACGGCUGCCUUUUUAUGGUGACUUCCCCUUCCCUUAUUUCCUGUUUCUAGGGUUUCAUUAGCAUUUGCUGAGCUUCGUCGCCCACAGAACUUUCUCGACUUUAGAGAAGAUUCUGCAUCUCAAAGAUUUGGAGUCUUUUGUUUCUUUAAGGGUUUCAUCAUAAGGCUAGCUGAAAGAAGAACCGGUUUCUGGCGGUUCUUUCUAAACCGAUCGAUUCAUUUCUGUUUUUUUUUUCUCUUCAAGAAUUUUGGGAGUUGGGGUUUUCGAUUUGAUGUUUCUGGUUUGAUGGCACUGUAAAGGUUUCUAAAUUCCUGCUAUUUUUUGAAGGAAGAGCAGGAAUUAUCUAUUUUUAGUAAUCUAAGGAUUAUAUGUAUUACAAAGUUAUGAGAUAUUCUUUUGCAUAUAUUAGUGACUUUUGUGUUCUUUGUAAUAGACUGCUCGAAGCAAAAUUGCUUUGCUUAGGAAGAUAAGAUGCCACCUACUUGUUUUUGGAGGCUGAAGAGUGCAGUUCAGAGUCGAAUUCAGAGAACAGAAUGUGGGAUUCAGGAUUCAAUAGAAGUUCUGAUAGGUACAGGGAAGCUAGGGUUUGGCAAUUAUAGGCUUUUUCAUUCUUUAGGAUUUUCGACACUAGCAGAUUUGCGAGGACUUCUGCAAACAGGGACACUUUUGGCUGCAAGAUCUGAUUCUCUCUUAGCGAAUCGAAGAAGGAACAUUUCUGUUGUGGGAGCAGUUUCUCGAACCAUUUCUGUUCCAUCUGUUUCAGGUCCUGCUUUCCAGGUUUGUAGCUAUCAUAUAGAUAGCGCACUUGCUGACGCCAGUCAAAUACCAUCUUCAGUGAGGAAACUACUGAGUAAACCUAUGGCUGCUUCUGGUUCUAGAGUUGCAAUAGUUGGAUAUCUUGUUGAUACAGAAAAAUUAAAGCAUGAGCACCUUUCAUCAUCAACAAGUAGUGCUGACAUCUUUUACAGCAACAAACGAUUGAAUAGCUGCAUAAAAGCUAGAAUGAGCUUGAAAAACCAUGAGAAACCUAACAAUUCACUCAUAUAUGGAUAUUUCAUGUAUAGUGCUGGAAAAAAAUGGUGCAACUUCAAUACUUUUUCGGGUUCAGGUUCCAGGGCUUUCCAUAGUUCAUUGCCUUCUUGUUUGUCAGCUGGAACUGCGCCUGACGUUCCCUUUGAUAAUUCUGCAAGUGAAGAGCAGGUUAACAAUUCAUCUGCAUCGUCAGAAGAGAAGAUUUCUUCUGGAAAAACUCUGAAGCUGCUUUCAGGAUCAUGCUAUCUUCCCCACCCUGACAAAGAAGAUACUGGGGGAGAGGAUGCUCAUUUCAUAUGUGCAGAUGAACAAGCAAUAGGUGUAGCAGAUGGAGUUGGUGGCUGGGCAGAUCUAGGUGUUGAUGCAGGGCAGUAUUCUAGGGAACUCAUGUCUAACUCUGUAUCUGCUAUUCGAGAGGAGCCCAAAGGUUCAGUUGACCCUGCACGAGUUUUAGAGAAAGCUCACUCUAGCACAAAAGCUAAAGGUUCCUCAACAGCGUGCAUCAUAGCACUGACAGACCAGCAGGGUCUUCAUGCUAUAAAUCUGGGGGACAGUGGUUUUAUGGUGGUUCGAGAUGGAUGCACUGUAUUUAGGUCCCCUGUUCAGCAGCACGAUUUUAACUUCACAUAUCAACUUGAGAGUGGAAGUAAUGGUGAUUUACCCAGCUCUGGUCAGGUCUUUGCAGUUCCUGUUGCUCCAGGGGAUGUUGUCAUUGCUGGUACAGAUGGGCUGUUUGAUAACUUGUACAAUAACGAAAUUACUGCAGUGGUGGUUCAUGCAGUGAGAGCUGGUUUGGGGCCUCAAGUGACUGCACAGAAGAUAGCAGCUUUAGCUCGGCAACGAGCACAGGAUAGAGAUCGACAAACACCUUUCUCAACUGCUGCUCAAGAUGCUGGAUUCCGCUAUUAUGGUGGAAAGCUUGAUGAUAUCACUGUUGUUGUGUCAUACAUUACUAGCUCAGAGGGAGAGAACAAGUCUCGAUGAAGUUAGUGAAGCUAGGUUUGCACGAUUUAUCGUUCGGUCGAUCGGAAUUUUGUUAUAAGAAGGAUUGUUGAUCAGUUGGAAUUGGACGAUGGAAUGGACUGAUGGAUCUUUUGUUCUAUGGUGUUUUAUUAACUGUGUUUCUUGUUUCUUCCAUAUUCCUUUAUUGUCUUUCUGUCUAUCAAAUGAAUCCAUGUUGAAACCUCAACAUUUUUGUAAAUAUAUGUUACCGGUAGUAUUUCU